AGCAGUAGUGGGAGGGACGACCAGACCUUGUGUGGAGUGUGUGGGAUCUGGUAGUGACGGCGAGGUGGAAUAUCGUCCUGAAUGUUAACGGGAAUGCUAAUAACCAACGCAACGCGGUAUGCAGUCUAACCUUACCGCCUGCCAGACCUUCCGCACACACGAAGUUAAGGACGUUGUUUUUUUAUGCCAGGAGGAAAACAAGGAAUACUCCUCGUCGAGUUGGUGACUAUCAUCCCAGCAGAACUUAACCAGAGUUCCCGGACGGGAACAGGAAAAUGCCAAUCACUCUGUUCUGGACCAGUUGAGACUAGGCCGACCCCAGAAAGUUUGGUUGGACCAGCUCCGAGACUUCUGCCUUCCCAGGGGGCCCCCCGACCACAGACCACCCCCACACCUCCCUCGACGGCCCCUCUACAGUAGCUCUUCUUGCUUCCCUGACACCAUCCACCCCCCUUUUCCCCGUCUCUGGAAAUAACAUCUCCGUCAAGCACUGAGGAGAAAGGAAGACAGUGCGACAGGAAACUAAGCUCUCAAAAACACGUUAACCAUUUCCCUGGCUGGCGUCGGGGAUCGAACCAGGACCUACCCAGCGGCCAGACGUGUUCUCUCCCUGGAGGGCGAAGAGGAGGGUGGGACGGAGGGCAGUGGGCGUUGGGGUCCCCAUGGGCACCAGGAUGUGGCUCUGAGAGCUGUACCCCCCUGUAGCCUCUAUUUGGGGCGUGUCUGGAUGAGAAGCUUGCUCCAGAGCGCUGCAGCAUCAUGGGAAAGGAGCAGGACCUUCUCCAGGCGGUGAAGAGCGGAGACCUGACCUCCACGCAGAAGUUGCUAGCCAAGCUCAAAGCUAACCGUAACAAGUUGCUGGGCUCCACCAAGAGGCUGAAUGUGAACUACCAGGACACUGAUGGGUUCUCUGCGUUGCACCACGCUGCCUUGACAGGAACCUCUGAGCUGCUGUCGGCCCUGUUGGACGCCCAGGCUACUGUUGACAUCAAGGACAGCAAUGGCAUGCGGCCCCUGCACUACGCGGCGUGGCAGGGCAAGGCGGAGGCGGUGCUGCUGCUGCUGCGCUGCGGAGCCUCCGUCAACACGUCCUCCCAGGACGGACAGAUCCCGCUGCACCUCGCCGCCCAGUACGGACACUACGAUGUGUCUGAGAUGUUACUCCAGCAUCAGUCGAACCCUUGUCUGGUGAACAAGUCUAAAAAGACUCCUCUGGACCUGGCCUGUGAGUUUGGUAGAGUCAAGGUGGCCCAGCUGUUGCUGAGCAGCAACAUGGUAGUGGCUCUGCUGGAGGGCGAGAGGAAGGAGCAGUCUGACUCCGCCUUCACCACCCCCCUCCACCUCGCCUCACGCAACGGACACCAGGACAUCAUCCGGCUGCUCCUCAAGGCAGGUAUUGACAUCAACAGGACGACCAAGGCGGGCACGGCGCUGCACGAGGCGUCGCUCUACGGCAAGACGGAGGUGGUCAAACUUCUGCUCGACGCCGGAGUGGACGUCAACAUCCGCAACACGUACAACCAGACAGCACUGGACAUCGUCAACCAGUUCACCACCUCGCACGCCAGCAAGGACAUUAAACAGCUGCUCCGAGAUGCUACAGGUGUUCUACAGGUGAGGGCUCUGAAGGACUACUGGAACCUCCACGAUCCCACCGCACUCAACAUCCGUGCCGGGGAUGUCAUCAUGGUCCUGGAGCAACAUCUGGACGGGCGCUGGAAGGGCCACAUCCACGACGUCCAGCGAGGGACGGACCGCGUGGGCUUCUUCCCCCCCUCCAUAGUGGAGGUCAUCAGCAGAAGAUCUGGGGGUACUCUCUCCCGCCAUGCCUCCCUGCCAGCGCAGCGCCAGCAGCUCCUCCCCCGACCCCCCCUCACCUCCAGCCUGAGCUCCGCCCCCCAGACCGACGACUCCUACACGCUCUAUGCCCCUGUGCAUGUGCACGUCAACGGUCUCCGCGACAACGCAGGUACCCCCGCGAGGCCCCCGUCUACCUGCUCCCUGCAGGACGUCUGGGUGCUCAGGGACCCGUGUGUCGCGGGGGACCGUAACAGUGUAGGGAGCACCGGCAGCGUCGGCAGCAUCCGCAGCGCUGGCAGCGGGCAGAGCACCGAGAGCACCGCCGCCUCCGCGCCCCCCAACGGCCUGCACCACCCCCCCGCGACCCACCACGCCCCCGGGUCCCACCACACCCCCGGGACGCCUGGGACGCCCGACCGCCACGCCACCAAGUCGGCGCCCCAUCCUGGUGAUUCUGGACCCCUUGAGUCUAACCAACAGCCGGACAGACCAACUGCAGGAACGCCACGCAGGCAGCCUGUGAACCACCAGAGGGCGCCAGAGCAGGGCUUCACCCAGCAGUUUGUCCACCCACAGCAGCUCCUGGAGGGCAAGGAUGCGGAGGCGAUCUACCUGUGGCUGAGGGAGUUCCAGUUGGAGCAGUACACGGGGAACUUCAUCAACUCUGGCUACGACGUUCCCACCAUCAGCAGGAUGACUCCCGAGGACCUGACUGCCAUCGGCGUCACCAAGCCAGGCCACCGGAAGAAGAUCUCCAUGGAGAUCGGCAACCUCAACAUCCCUGAUUGGCUGCCGGAGUACAUCCCAGCGGACCUUGGGGAGUGGCUAAGUGCCAUUGCUCUGCCUCAGUACCACAAGAAGCUGGCGGAAAAUGGCUACGACUCCAUCACCAUCGUCCGGGACCUGACCUGGGAGGACCUGCAGGAGAUAGGCAUCACCAAGCUGGGUCACCAGAAGAAGCUGAUGCUGGCGGUGAGGAAGCUGUGCGACGUCCACCGGUCCAGCCUGCAGGCCCAGUCCUCCAGCGCCCAGGGGACCCUGCACCGCCGCAAGACCCCCGGGGCCCUCCACCUGGUGGCCAUCGACCCCCCCGGGGACUGCCCCUCCCCCCACACCCCCUCCAUGCUCAGCUUCCAGGACAGCGAGCUGAGCGCCGAGCUGCAGAGCGCCAUGUGCAGCCGCUACGCCCCCGACGAGCGGCCGGCCCUCAGGGGCCUCUCCCAGAGCCAGGAGAGCAUCGACGCUCGCUCCCGGGGGUCCGGUCGCUCCCAGGAGCCCCCCUCCGCCUCCAUCAGCAACCCCCACUGCCGCUCCCAGGAGAGCCUCGGGGGAGAGGGGGGCUCCAGUCUGGAGGGCAGCCCCGUCAGGGAGAGGAACGUCCCGGAGGGCUGGGACCCCCGGCCAAAGCAGGUUCCUCUGGGCACCGCCACGGUCUUCAAGUACCCCCCCGUGCCGCCCAAGCCCUCCUCCCACAGCCCCUCCCCCCACGGCUCCCCGGUCCAGAGGGGCUUCAGCUACCUGCACGCCUCCUGCGGGACCACCCAGUUGGGCUCUCGGUCGCCCGCAAAGCCCCGGGACCCCUCGCUCUCCCUGACCCGGCCCCGGCGGCGCUACGCCCUGUCGGACGGCGAGCCGGACGACGAGGACGAGGACGAGGAGGGGGGGUCCGCGCCCCACCACUCGGGUCACCUGGGCUCCUACGCCACGCUGACCCGCCGGCCCGGACGCAGCCAGCUGGCCCGUUGCCACGGCAGCCCCGAGAAGGAGGGCGGCCCCGUGGGGCGGAGCCAGUCGUUCGCCGUGCGCGCCCGCCGGAAGGGCCCGCCCCCGCCCCCGCCCAAGAGGCUGAGCUCCGUCAGCAGCACCCACAGCAUGGAGGAGGGCGGGGCGGGGGGGGUCGUGACGGACAGCCCCGGCAGCGUGAGGAGCAUCGCCGCCUGCAUGGAGAGCACCUCGUCCUCGUCCUCCUGCUCCUCCUCCUGCUCCUCCUCCCCGGGGAAGAGGAGGCCGGCCCCCCCGGUCCCCAGCCUGGACCCCUUCCGGCGGGAGGACCCCCCGCGGCGGCGGGUCCAGAGCGAGUACCUCCCGGAGCCCGCCCCCGUCGGGGGGGCGGAGCCGGAGCGCGGGGUCAAGUCCGACUCGGAGGAGGAGGAGCCGGGGGCGGGGUCGUCGGGGGGGCGGGGCCAGGACGGCUCCGCCUCCCCGCAGAACAGCUCCAGCGAGUGCCUCCCCUUCGCCGAGGAGGGCAACCUGACCAUCAAGCAGCGGCCCAAGCUGGGGGGGCCGCCGCGGGCUGACGCGGUGCUGGAGCCCCCCGACCUCCCCGAGUUCAACCUGAAGGAGUCGGACACCGUGAAGCGCCGACACAAGCCCAAGGGGGCGGAGGGGGGAGGGGACGGGGGCGGGGAGGGGGGAGGGGAGGGAGGCUCGCCCAACAGGGAGCCCCGAGGGAGCGGACCCUCCCCCCAAAGCCAGGAGGAGGAGGAGGAGGAGGCCUGGAGGAUCUGCGAGACAAGGGUGGAGACCCCCGUCCUCCGACCCCCUCUGUCCCCAAAGCCCCCCGCCACCGCCCCGAAACCCAUCAGACACAGCCUGCUGGCCGCUCAGGCUGCAGCCAGCGCCCCGCCCCCGCUGGGCGUCACCCUCAACGCUGUCCAGAGUGUGGCGUUCACCUCCCCCCCGACACCCAGCCGCGCCUCCCCCAGCACCCCCUACCCCAGCCACGCCUCCCCCAGCACCCUACACCCCAGCCAGCCACCUCCGCCGGGCAAGCUCCAGGUCUGCGUGGCAGGCCCGGGCCCCGGGCCCCUGGUGGUCCAGCAGAGAUUGGACCAGACCAGCUCCUCGCUGGAGGCUGCCCUGCAGGCGGUGGAGAGGAAGCUGACCCAGGAUGACGUCUCGGACGGCGGCGCCAACACGGUGAAGUCUGCCGGGACUAUCCUGGACGACAUCGGCAACAUGUUCGAUGACCUCGCCGACCAACUCGACGCCAUGUUGGACUGAGUCAGGAACCCUCGGGAACCCCUCAGGGGCCACAACUCAUUAUGUCAUCUAGACCCGGCGACUAGAACAAACAAUGCCAUCAAGAUCCUACGAUGUCAUCAGGGCGAGUACUAGAUAUCCAGAUGAUCUCAUGAUGUCUUCCUGUGGCCCCGCGUGCACUGCUGGCGCUCUCCUACCAGACACCCUCGCUGGCAGUUCUGCAUAAUGAACACUAGAGGGCGCACACCAGUUUAAGUUAAAUUUGUAUUUGUCACAGAGUUGUACUAAACACUAUUUCCCUGACAGUUGGACUCUGUCAACACUGGAGAACUGAAUAGAUUAAUAUACCUGACAUUUUUCAUUCUGUCAACACUAGAAGACAGAAUAGCACAAUGUCUCUGGCAGUAGCACUCUGUCAACACUAGAGGACACAAUAUCUCUGGUCGUCGAUGCGUCGGAGUGCCUUGUUGCUGCUCGUUUCUCGUCAACCACGAAGAUGCCGAUAUGGAUGCCUAGACGGCAAUUUAUUUCGGCCACGCCUACGUACAGUAGAUGUAACAUGUUGGCCUGCGUUUAGACUAUCGGUAACCACACAUGUAAAAGAUAUGUGUAAAAGACCAUCUGGUUGUAGGACCGUUAUCAAACCGGCUCACUGUGCCAGAGCAUCCCUCUGCCGAUCUUGAUGACUGUAUGUCACGGGAGGAUGUGUGCCAUAUUUUGAUACUCUGCACAUCUUAAACUUUUAUAGUAGCCUAUUGUCUGUUGCGAAAGAAAUGAAAUAUCCGUUGCAAACAAUGUGAUGUCAUUGAAUUCCAUUGAAUUCCAUGGGAUUCGAUGUUGCAUUAUUAAAAGAGCAAAUCGUUUGAUAUUACUCUAUGUAGGCCUAUGACGCUUUGUAAAACCUGUAAAAGUAUGUUGUUUAUACAAAGGGAAUAUUAACUAAGCUUAGACUGCAUGUUAACUUUAAGUUGAACACCAGAGUUUUAUAUUCUGGUUACAGCUGUAAAACGCUGUAAAAUAUCAAAUUAUAUGCAUACUAUUUUUGGGAACGUAUUCAUUUUAAUGUAGUCUGACUCUAUUAUUUAAAUUAAUCUAAAUAUGUAUAUUUUAUACUAGAGGUAUAAACAGGAGAAAAUUUAUAUUCAACCAAAGUCUCCUAUUUUCUUGUAUUAUCUCUUAUUCCCAAGAACAUGUAAAACUGAAGAUAUUGUGUGUUUAAUAUGUAUAAAUGUAAAAUGAAAUCCUAUGUGUAACCAGAAGAGGUUAAUGUUGACGUUCUUACUUGUAAGGAGUAGUGCUUAACGUAUUACUGCUGUGUGUGCAUAAAGUACUUCCUAUAUGGCAUGCUACAGUGAUACUUGUAUGUUUAUGAAAGGCGAAUGCGGUGUCUCUCCUGCCAACGUUUUGUACUAAAUGACUUCACCAUCUAGA